AUGGGGCAGAAGCUCACGCAGGUCACAAUAGGGGUCCCUCGGGUACUUAAGGCGGGGGCCCUGCCACCUAGGACCCACUUUGCCCGGGGCCGGGAGGCACUGCCCAGCAAAACGCGGCGGAACCGGGCACCCACAAACACCCUUUCUUGGACCAAGAACUGCCUUUAUCCGCUAUCAUUCUCCAGCCCCUCUUUCUGCGCCAUCAGCAAGCGCCGCCUUAGAUAUCGGCGGAAAAUGACGCCCAGUGGCAAGAGGUAAGAGGUGGCGACGCAUGGGUGCCACCUUGGAGGACGUGCCACCCAUAUAUUGCUAGGCACAUAUAGUGCGCACGGCCAAGGAUCAGAGACUAUGGGAGCGGCUGCAUGUCCCCCAUCCCAGGACUGGGAACUUUUGGACCCCCAGAUUUUGUUGGGACAGCUGCCUGGAGAUGAAGAAGCACCAUAGUUCAGUGGUGGCACAGCUGCUUGUCAUACAGAAGGCCUCGGGUUCAAGGCCCGGCAUCUCCAGGCAGAGCUGUGUCAGAGACAUGUUUUCAGAAUGAAGAGGACUAGGAUCUUGCUUCAUUUUUAAAUCUCAGUGGUAGAGCAUCUGCCUUGCAAGCAGCAGGUCCCAGGUUCAGUGCCCCCACCAUUUCCAGGUAGGGCUGGAGGAGACUCCUCUCUGAAAUGCUGUUACGCUGCUGCCAGCCUGUGUAGACAAUAUUGAGCAAGAUGGACCAAUGGUCUGACUCCGCUUCAAUCCGCUCGCUUCCUAUUUCCCUAUUUAAGUCAGCCCAUUAUACUGCAGAUAUUAAUAUUGCACAGCAACUGGAAGCAUACAAGCUGACUCCUUGUUGACCAGACCCAUAGGUUUGAUUUGAGCUUUACUUGCAAAACUUUCUUCAAAACAGAACAAAAACACCAGAGAUACAUCCAGAUAAUUCCAUGAACUUAUCUUGUGCGUGGCUAGCACAGGCUCGACUUCUUAAAAAUAACUUUGAACAGGAUUGAGAUCAAAACUGUUGUCUGUCACCCAUUCCAGCCCGAGACUGCGGGCUCCUGGAGAGCUUCCUUAUCGCAACUUGCUUCCACUCUGGCUAGGAUCAAAACACUACAGUCAUACCUCGGGUUAGAUGUGCUUGAGGUUGAGCGUUUUCAAGUUACGCUCCAUGGCAACCCGGAAGUAACGGAGUGCAUUACUUCUGGGUUUCGCCGCUCGCGCAUGCGCAGACGCUCAAAAUGACGUCACGCGCAUGCGCGGAAGCGGCAAAACACGAUUCGCGCACUCGCAGUCGCGUCUUAUGUUUUACUCAGGAUGCAAACAGGGCUCUGGAAUGGAUCCCGUUCGCAUCCAGAGGUACCGCUGUAAAGGCAUCUCCCUUUCAAGAAGAGUUGAUUUGCAACCCAAUACUUCCCGUGUGAUCUAAAGUUAAACACAUUGUCAGAACUACCAGAUAACAGUAACAGUUAAUUUCCAACCCAUUGAGAAGCUCAGAGGAAAAUCUCCCAUGUUAAAGCCUUCGGGCAUUUUUCAUUUCAGUGUGAAUUGAGCCAUUAUACUUUACACAUUAUUAUUCAGAAUUAUGGGGCCUAAUGUCAAGUUUCCAGCCCCUUGUGUUCAAAGCACUUGCCGAUUUCAGAACCUGCUUCCCGGGCUUAUCCAUGCCGUCUAUUUCCUUGUCUCCGUUCUGCGGCACAGCUCAACCCUUACCCAACGUGAGAGCUUGAGUAUCCGGCCCCGCUACUGCCCGCAGUGUUCCUGAGUUCGUCGGCGGCUGCCCAGACAGGAGAAGGAGCCUCGAAGGAGACCAAGCGAGCCUUAAAGAGGUAUAUAAGGUAGGCUUCUUCUGCCUCGGGCCUUUCCGGCCUUGCAUCGGAUCAGUCAUUAUUAUUAUUAGAAAUUUUAUUACGGUCCAGGGACCCAACAAAUCCUUACAAAGCAAUGCACAAUUCAGACAGCCUACCUCCAGGUUAAACAAGCAUUUUGUUCAAAAGAUAGGGAUCAUUGGUUCUUGCAACCACCGAUAAAAACUUUAUCACUGCUAGUGUUCUAGUGUUUGCCCGGUCUUCCAAUAGGAACCUGACAUAGUGAGCCUCUGAUUUUCCCGAGAAAGGUACCAGCAAAGGUAAUAUCAGUUCAGCCCUGGCUUGCUCAUACUUUGCACAGUGCAGCAAAAUAUGCUUUAUGGAAUUGAUGUCUUGAGCACGCGAGCAAAGUCUGUCCUGGUAGGGAGCUCCUCUCAACCUGCCAUCCAACACUGCAGAAGGAAAGACGUUUAGUCUGGCUUUGGUGAAUAACGUUCAAUAAUUUGGUACUGUCAGGUUUUUAAUGUAAGAUGUUAACUUAAAGACAUGCCCAUAUUGUACUCCUACUGCCAGUGGACUACAGACUGCGUGUGAUCGAGAUCGCAAGUCACUGUGUGCAUUAUCCCAUAAUCUUUGCUUUAACGUCUUUAUGGCACCUUCAUAACCCAGGUAAUAGAGUUGGGGUGGGGUGGGGUGAUAGACCAAUAGAGGUAGCUUUUCUAGCCAUGGUUUUCUGCCAUUUGCUGACAAACUCCUCAUUGGUCAGGUGUUGGUACAAACCCUUCCCUAGAUCAAACACUGAAAUCCUGAGCCAAUGUUUUAGGCCAGCCCACCACGCUUUAAUUGAAAUUGGGCGUUCACCAGCUUCUAACAGAAGUAUGGAGUUGGGGACACAGUUGGGUACCUGCAGCAGAGAUCGGAGAAAUUUUGCCUGAAAGCCAUCUAGCUUAGGCUGGUCCCCAUUAUGCCAGCCAUUUGCAGCGUACAGGAGUUGGGAAAUGGAUUUUGCGUUGAAAACCCUUAAGGCUGCUGGAACAUAUUUGCCGCCCUUUGUGUUAUAAUAGACCACCAUCUGCUUGCACAAUGCUGUACAAAAGUGCACAGAAAGGGUCCCAGCCCCAAUGAGCUUACAAUCUGAAAUUUGACAACAGGGCUCCCCCCCCCAUUAUAUAUCUACCCCACCUUUUUUCUCCAAGGAGCUGAAGAUAGCAUACACAGUUUGCCCCUACCCUCCAACAUCAGGGAAAUAUCCUCUGCCUGAAGUCCUGAACAGCUGCUGCCAGUUCGUGUAGACAACACUGGGUUUGAUGGACUCAUGGUCUGGCUCAACACAAGGCAGAUUUCUCCGGGGAGAAUAUUCAUUCAGCCUUUACUGACACAAUUUAGACAAUAAAAAUCACAUAAAAUAUUUGCAAUACAGACCUAUUGAACACAUAUAAAACAUAUAAAAGACUCAGUAGCCACCAUUAAGUAGUUUUAAAUGAGACUUUGAAAAAAUCUCAACUAAAUAGUCUGAAACCAUCUCAGUAGUUGGGUGGGAAUAUCAUCCCUCAGCGGAUAUUGGAUUAAAGAUGCUUUGCAAAUAGAUACUUUCAGUUUCAAAGGAGUCGCCAGCAGGUCUCUCCAAAGAGUGUUGAUUUCACAAACUGAGUUGGGGGGGGGGGGGAAGGUUGUGGACUCAUUGUUUUGCUAGUUUCCUUCCUUCGACUGGUUUAAAUAUAUUGCAUGGGAUUGGGCGAUAUAUACCCUCUGGGGUCUCCUUCCAAAGUCUCCAAUUUUCUAACGAAAUGUUGCCACAACUCAGCACUUGUGCAAACCAGCUGACAUCUCCCUCUUGUGCAGGGAUGGUGGCAUUUUAGCAAAUCAAUCAGUCAAUCAAACAAUCAAUCAAUCAAUCAAUCAAUCAAUCACUGGCACUCUUCACCUGAAAGAAGGGGGAUUCUGCUAAGGUGUUUUCUAACCAGUAGUUGCAAACGUUUCACCCAAUAACUGCCCAGGCUGGGAAUCUCACUGUUUUCGCCGGCGAGCGCCAACGUCCCGACCAGCCGGUUCAGUUGGACUUCCAUUUUGCCCGCGGCAGCCAGGGGGUCAGCCACUGGCACGGCCUCCUCCAGGCACGCACGGUCUUCCUCGACACGCCUCACCUUGCCCUGGACUGCAACAGCCGCGAAAGGUGAGAGCGGUUCUCCGCUGCAACUGGGUGUCAGAAGUGGGUGGCUUUGUCACUGCGCGCGGAGUAGACCCACUGAAUGUCCCUACGUUGGCCGUGCCCGUUCUUUUUCAAGAUGUCUGCUCUGAGUAGGACUAAUGUUGGAAACAGCCCAGCGUUUUCCCAGCAAUUUAGAGACCACCGCUCACCCCCACCCCAGCUCUCGUGGGGGGAAAUAUUAGAAGCAAAGAGACGGAGGCAAUAGUUCAGAACCAAUGGAACUCAAACCCAAGCCCAAACCCAAGGCACUGAGGAUUUAUUUAUGGGCAGAGAUGCUCUUGGUGCUGUCGCCCGCACCUGACUGUGGGAACCUAAGAUUUACAGAAGUAGGAAAAUAGUUGAUGGGUUGGGGUGGAACUUCGGAAACAGCCCAGAGUGUUCUGAGCAUGCUCAGUGAUAAUGGGGUACUAAUGUUUGUAUGUGUAAUGGAAGAGCCAGAGGGAGGGAGGAAAUGGAAUAGAGUGCUGUAUUUUUUGCUCUAUAAGACUCACUUUUCCCCUCCUAAAAAGUAAGGGGAAAUGUGUGUGGGUCUUAUGGAGCGAAUGCAGGCUGCGCAGCUAUCCCAGAAGCCAGAACAGCAAGAGGGAUUGCUGCUUUCACUGCGCAGCGAUCCCUCUUGCUGUUCUGGCUUCUGAGAUUCAGAAUAUUUUUUUUCUUGUUUUCCUCCUCCAAAAACUAGGUGAGUCUUGUGGUCUGGUGCAUUUUAUAGAGCGAAAAAUACAGUAUCUUCAACAAGAGCUCCUUGCACUGCAAUUUUUUGCUGCAGCUAACAUCAAUAGAUUUCCACCUCCCAAAAUGGCCGAUUGAACCGCUAGCAAACUUGGCACUAUGCUUUGGCUCUGUAAAUGAUUGUGGGGUGCAUGCAAAGGGAGUGGGGUCAGACUGGGGCACUUAUGACUGGACCUCCAAUUUAAAAUGGGGGCAAAAACACACACACCUUUCCCUGUAUGUAGAAAUCUAGCAUGUCAGGGAGAAGAGUAGCCUUUUCUGUGACAGUCUGGAUUUCUAGGUCCAGGGAAUUCUUUGGAUGGAUUCACUCAUGGGAGCUCUCACAAUUCAGUGGUACGGGCCACACACAACCCGAACACCUUACUGAGGACUAGUCCCUUUGCAAGCCCUGCUUGCAAGAGAACAGCACCCUUAGUAAUAAUAAACACUCAAUGUGGACCCUGUGGCUGUUUCUGCUCCUAGCCUGACUGCAACGCUGGAAUACGUGGAAGAAAAUACAGAGGCAGACCAGGUGCUUGUUAACUUCCACAAGACUCGACGGGACAGGGGUAAGGAAAGAAAAAGAUUCCCCUUGCUAACAGAAUCUGGGUUUUGGGUCCUGAAUUCCACAUGCCAGAAAUCUGGAGAUGAUAUAGAAAAGGGCAAAGGGGGGGGGAAUCCCAAUUCCAAAUUUGGGCUUUUAUUAGGCCAGAAAAAACCACCCUAAAAAAGCAUUAAAAAGGGCCAGAACAUUUUGGUCGAGCGUCAUCCAAUUCGGUCACCAGGUAGGUCCAGGAGAGAACCUUGCCUGAAACCGCAGAGAUGCUGCCGGUCAGAGCAGACAGACUUAGCGGGACUAAUGGUCUGGCUCACUCUAAGGCAGCUUCCUAUGUUCCGAUUCAAAGCCACGUUUUUUUCAGAACCAUGAGGACUGGAACCUUUACUUUACUCCAAGGGGGUCCCAGGUUCAAUGCCCAACGGCGUCUCCAGAUAGGGCCGGAAUCUACCUUUCUUUAGAGUGUGAGGUGGAAGGCAGAGUGAAACCAGUUUGCUACUGGACCAGUUAUGUUCAUUCACAAAUCCCUGUAACAGCUUGGUGUGCAAACACUACCUGAUCCUUUACACUCCGCCACGAUCCUCUGGCGGGGCGCUUUCAGAGGUUGCUCGCGCACCUCUUGAGGUUCAGUCAGCUCUGUGCCCCUGCGGAACUCCUUGCCACUAGAGGUUGGGCAGGAAUAAUCCCUGCCUUGCUUUUGAUGCCUGUUAAUCAGACAGGGCUCUGCCAUGCAGUUUUCUUUUUACCAGCCAGCACCGAUCGAUGUUUCUACUGCUCUUAAGGGAAGCGCGUAUAUACACUGCAUUUUUAUGGCUUGACAAACAUGCGGAUAAAUGGGAUAAACCAGAGGAAAGAUGAGGAAAGAUAUUCUUGCCCCUGGUUUCCUAAUCUUCUUUUUCUCCCCUCGCUCGAAGGAGACUUGCUACGAGCCUUUGGCUUCUUGGGUUUCACGCUCCUGCGGCCAGAUCACCCUUCCCUUCCUCCCUGGGAGGACGUCAUCUUCAUGGCUUACCCCAUGGAACGAGAACUUUGCCAAGCGGAGGAGGAUGAGAAGUGGAGGACCCGGAAACCAGACCCAUCUGGGAGGCAGGAUGGGGCUGUUCUUGGCGGACAGGCUCCCUGA